UCAGAAUCUUACAAAACCAUCAAUCAUCACCUUCACCAUAAAAAACCCUUCCCUUUAUUUUGGGUUCUUUUUCCUUCUAAAUUUUUGGGUUUUUUUUUUCUUUUUAAUUAUGAACCCAUAGCAGAGAGAUCAUAGAAAAAAGGCUUGACCUUUGAUCGAUCUUGCAACAAGGAAGUUUACUUUUUUAAUUUUAAAAAAUGCUUUUUCUUUUUAAGUUAAAAAGAUUUUAAAAGACCCAAAAAAAGUAUAAAAAAAUGUCUGUUGCAGAGCUGAAAGAGAAGCACGCGGCGGCGACGGAGACAGUGAAUAAUCUAAGAGAACGAUUAAAGCAAAGACGUCAACAGUUGCUCGACACUGAUGUUGCUACAUAUGCAAGAUCACAAGGGAAGAGUCCAGUUACUUUUGGUCCUACGGAUCUGGUUUGUUGCAGGACCUUGCAAGGUCACACUGGCAAGGUUUACUCCUUGGAUUGGACUCCGGAAAGGAACCGGAUUGUUAGCGCGUCUCAGGAUGGACGAUUAAUUGUGUGGAACGCUCUAACUAGCCAGAAAACUCACGCCAUAAAGCUGCCUUGUGCGUGGGUUAUGACGUGUGCUUUUUCUCCCACGGGUCAAUCAGUUGCCUGUGGUGGUCUCGAUAGUAUGUGUUCCAUUUUCAACUUGAAUUCUCCGACUGACAGGGAUGGAAACCUACCUGUAUCAAAAACCCUUAGUGGACAUAAGGGUUACGUCUCGUGUUGUCAGUAUGUUCCAGAUGAAGACAUUCACAUUAUUACCAGUUCCGGUGAUCAGACCUGUGUUCUAUGGGAUAUUACUACUGGCCUUAGAACAUCGGUUUUCGGGGGAGAAUUUCAAUCUGGACAUACUGCUGAUGUGCUAAGUGUCUCAAUUAAUGGAUCGAACUCAAGAAUGUUUGUCUCUGGUUCAUGUGAUGCAACUGCCCGAUUGUGGGAUACUCGUGUUGCAAGUCGAGCAGUUCGUACAUUUCAUGGUCACGAGGGCGAUGUAAACACCGUGAAGUUCUUUCCAGAUGGCAAUAGGUUUGGAACUGGAUCGGAUGAUGGAACUUGUAGGUUGUUUGACAUUAGAACUGGUCACCAAUUACAAGUAUACUAUCAGCAACAUGGCGAUAACGAGGUUCCACAUGUGACCUCCAUCGCAUUCUCCAUUUCUGGAAGACUUCUCUUUGCCGGAUACUCAAAUGGAGAUUGCUACGUAUGGGACACGUUAUUGGAAAAGGUCGUUUUGAACUUGGGAUCUGUCCAGAACUCACACGAGGGACGGAUUAACUGUUUGGGUUUAUCAGCCGACGGUAGUGCCUUAUGUACAGGAAGUUCGGAUACAAACCUCAAGAUUUGGGCAUUUGGAGGGCAUAGAAAGGUGAUCUGAUUCAUCAGACCGAGAAAAACAAGUUACGGUAUCUCCGGCAGGUGCCCCAUUUCUUCAAACUGCAAUCUUUCAUGGCAUUAUCCAAUGUGGGAGAUUUCCUAUGUAUUUUAAUGCUUCGCACUGUUGCUUGUAAACUUCCAUGUUGAAAACCCAAUUUGAUUAGUGCAUAAAGAAAGAUUAAGGAAAAAAAACUUUGUAUUAGGCAGAGAUGUUCAUUUGCAUUUUUCUUAUAUAGCUUUUGCUUGAUUGUGAUUUGUGAUAAAAAAAAUUUUCAUUUUAUUUUUCCCAAA